CUGAUUUGUUGAAUUGAAUUGAUGAAUUCUAAAGCAGCACCAGCAGUAAAGCUAGGUUAAAACAAUUUCAGUUUUCAGAGCUCAAUUUUAAAGAAUAAGUUGAAAUAAUAAUUAUAUUAUUGGUUGUUUAUUUGUCCUAGUGUCUGCUGAAUUUGAUGCUCAAAUUUGAUAUCCUGUUUUAUUCUUCUCGUAAUCAUGCUAAAAACAGGAUUUCAAGAGUCAAAACAAAUAGCGAGGCUUUGCUAUUCAACCACCAGAGAUUUCGUAAAUAGAAAUCCCAGAAACUUAGAACGUAUGAGAAUUGGGCGCAAACCAGAUGGUUAUCAUUUAGAUAAGCCUGGUCGAAAAUUUUGGCACAAAUUGAUUGUAACACCCUCAAAUAGAACUGUUACAGCACAACUUGUACAUUAUGUGAAUGGGCCGGUUAUUGAGGCUAAAACAUCUGAGUGGGCACUACGCAAACAGCUCUAUAGUACAACAGACACAUGUGCAUACAUUAACUUAGGCCGUGUCUUUGCUCAAAGAUGUCUUGAAAGUGGAAUAUCUGAAAUGUACUAUGACAAACAACCACUCGAAGGAGGUAAAAUUCAUAAUUUCUUGAAGGAAAUUGAAAAGGGAGGUAUUCGGUUACAGGAACCCGAAGUUUUCAAAAAAGCACAGCCUUGGGAUAUGCACAGGCCUGAAAAGCCUUGGGAUGUGACAGAAGAAUAAUGAUUUUUUUAUGUGAAAGUUAGUUGUUAAAAUAAUGAAUAAUUAAUUUGUAAUAUAGCUAGCUGUAUGUUGUUUGUAGAUUAAAAGAUUAUUGGGUAACACUAAAAAGAA